UGUGAAGAGGAACUGUCGUUCCGCCUUCGACAUCGUUACGUCGCUGUUUAAAUUUCUCUCUUCGUAUUUCCAGUGUCUCUUCAAUCUCUAAUUGUAUAUUAGUGUGACAACUGAAAAAAUUUGAAAGAUACAGGUCCUCUUCUAGCAAGAAGAUCAAAUAUUACAAAUGGAAGACAAAAACACACGUUGAAGAUAUAUACAAGACAUUAGGUGUGAUUUGACUGAAAAACACGAAGAGAUAGGCUAAACCCUAAACGCCGAACCUUAUCAAUAGUUCACCAGUCUAAUCGGCGUACACACGUAGUCCUUUGGAGAACGAUAGAAGAAGAGUGUGUGACGAAAGUUCUCAAGAAACGGACGAUCUGGACAUGCCUACGUUGGUGCAACCAUUGUCUUUGCCGUACGAUGAAGAUGGAACUAACACGUGGGAAGGCUCGGAACGUAACGAGACGACGACGCAGGGUUUGCAAUUGCAUACACAGCACGAUCAAGAGAUGCAGCAAUUGCAGUUGCAGCAAAGAGAACGAGGACAACUUUUACAGGCGCAGCAACAGCAGCAGCAAUAUCGUGAAAAGACGCAGCAGCAGCAACAACAACAACAGCAGCAGCAACAACAAAGAGAUUCGCAACGUGAACGGGAACGGGAACGCGAACAAUUGCAUCAGUUGCAAUCUAUCAACAAUUUAUUGCUAGAUUUACCAACGACGUCGAGCUUGUAUUCAAAUUAUUCACACGAUGCCUCCUGCUCGCAAUCUACCAAAAGUUCUAAUAUAGAAAGUGAUAUGAACAUUUCGGAUUUAUUUGGUCUGAGUUUACCUCGAGGAUCAUUAAUGGGCAAUCAAACUGCAGUCGAUUCAUCGAAUUAUCGAAAUUAUCAACAACGCGGACAACAUCGUAAUAAUCAGGUGUCCUCCUCUCAUCAACGUUAUCAGUGCGAGGACAAUCACGGAUUUUAUUCUAAUUCGUCUACGGUCGAUGUACCUGGUUCGCCAAAUUCGAUGACUACUUCUGGAAGUCCAAGUACACCUGGAAGCUUAUACUCCAAUCCAUACACCUUUCCUCAAAGUGCUAACAGCUUGUAUUCAGGAUCAUCGGCAGCAAGUCGUUCGUCGCUUCAACAUGUAGGCUCUCCUCCAUCACCUGUUCAUUCACCAUAUGGCAGAGCUAUUCGUGGUUCUCCACCAUACAGUAGUUGCGGCAGUCCUACGUUAGAAUAUCCUCCUCAUACAGCAGGUUGCCAUGUAUCACGAUCCAAUUCACCAGCAGAUUCGGAGACGAGUGGUUCUAAUAGUAUGGAUGGUUCUUUAUCUAACAUAAUGAAUUGUUUGUCAUUAAAUACAUCGUCUCACAGAUGUUAUCCACAAUCUUUAAGAUCAUUAAUGUCACCAGAAACAGAUCUCUAUGGAAAUAAUAGGACAGCGGCAUUGCAACGUAUGGCGAUUAAAAAAUAUUUAUCUUCGUCUCAUCAAAAUUUAUCAUCAUUGUAUCAUCAACAAACACACGGACAAAAUAAUCGUACUCCUCACCAUUGCGGUUCCCCGCCAUCUGGAACAUUUUUGAAUUCAAUUUUAAAUCACGAGAAGGGUUGCUGCUCAACGGGAAAUCCUCAUAUGAUGUUAAAUUCUCCUCUCAAUAUUCCUGAUCCACAAAUAUCUUUGGAUCGAGCGGCAAAGUUUCAUAGAAAUGCAGCUGCGCUUUGUGACCCAACUUGUACUUGGAGUGGUAUAUUGCCUCAACGUAUACAAAAACCAACAGGAUAUUCUUCUAAAGUAUUUCUUGGUGGUCUUCCAUGGGAUAUUACGGAAUCCCUUUUGAUAGCUACGUUCAAGCAAUUUGGUCCAAUUCGCGUUGAAUGGCCGAAAAAAGAACAAUCUACUACACAACCUAAGGGCUACGCGUAUAUUAUUUUUGAUAAUGAAAAACAGGUACGAUCUUUGUUGGCCUGUUGUACGCACGAUGUUACUAAUGGUGGAAGUUGGUAUUAUAGAAUUUCUUCAAAACGUAUGAAAGGAAAAGAAGUAUGUUACGUUCAAAUAAUUCCAUGGAUUCUUAACGACAGUAAUUAUGUUAAAUUACCAUCACAAAAGCUUGACCCGCACAAAACAGUUUUUGUUGGUGCAUUGCAUGGCAUGUUAACUGCCGAAGGUUUAGCCAAGAUUAUGGAUGAUUUAUUUCAUGGAGUUAUUUAUACAGGUAUUGAUACUGAUAAGUACAAGUAUCCAAUAGGAUCAGGUCGUGUUACCUUUAGUACGAAAAGUUCGUACAAAAAAGCAGUGUCAGCUGCUUUUAUAGAAAUAAAAACUGCUAAAUUUACAAAAAAGGUACAAGUUGAUCCUUAUCUUGAAGAUUCCAUGUGUUCUGGAUGUUUCGUCCAACAGGGAACUUAUUUCUGCCGUGAAGAAAUAUGUUUCAGGUAUUUUUGCCGUAGAUGCUGGUUAUGGCAACAUUCUAUGGAAUCAAUGCGAUAUCAUAAGCCUUUAACGCGUAAUUCUAAAAAAAGUCAGGUGAUCGAAUUAUCACCUAACAUGGGUAUUAACACUAGUAGUUCCCGCAGUUCGAAUUUUUGUAUUUGAAAGAAUAAUGGAAGUUCAUUCCCCGUGCAGCCACGUUCAGUUCUCUUUUGACUAUUUGUUUUGAUACGGACGUUGCACUGGUUGACUUAUUGACAGGGUAUAAUGUUAGUUUUUAUUAUAAAAAGCUGUAGGUAGCUGGACGGAUAUAUAUCGAAAAUUCCAGCUUAUCUCUUAGAAAAUUGUACAACGAUUAAGUUGUUAUCAUUUAAGAAUGUGGCGAUGAAUCUGGUGUAUUUGGGCUACAUUCGAGACAAGCAUAUUACUUUUAUUUAGUAUGUUUACUUAGGGUCUGUGGUGCUCUUGUGCUCUUAUUUUUACUACGUAAAAAAAAAAAGUAAUCGUGUCAAUAAUUCACCAGAAUUGCACUGAGAGAGAUUAUACGUUAUAUAAGGUAGUAUUAUUAUUGUCGCCUUUUCGUUAAAUUUUCAUACAGACUGAAUGAUGGCUUUAUGGUGUGAUAUAAUAUUGUUUUUUUUUAAUACGACAAAUGAAAAGUCGUUAAAAUGUAUAGCGAUGAGAUUGUGGAUAAGCUUAGUUAAAAGCUUAGAAUUUAUUUGCGAUAUUCUUGUCGCCAUGAUGAUGGAUUAUGAUAAUAACUACUUCUUGGCAGAAGAUUUACGCUUAAUUGUUAAUUAUUACUUUAACGAGACUAUACAUUUAGUCCUUUUUUUCUAAUUGGGCGAAUUAACAAUUGUAUUUGUUAUUUUUUUUGUACGGUCUACUACAUGAUAUAUACUAAAUGAUAGUAAUAUAUUGGUAAGAGAAUCGAUUUUGAAGAAAGUAUUAUCUCCAGUACGCAGGCCGUUCUUCCAAUUCGAACAGUCGCCUAGUAAUAAAUAAUACACCCAUCGUUAAUUUUACUUUAUAUUAUAGAGUAUAGAGAAAGAAUACCGAUUCGUGCCCACCGUAGUUAAUAAUAAUUUAUAAUUGUUGUUAGUUGUGGAAAAGCGGGCUAAGCUUUUUUAAUAAGCCUUUAUCCGCUGGGACUGUUUAAACUGUUGACGAAAUGGAGAAGUACACGGUCUACGAUUCUGGCACGCAUUAUAGUGAAUUGAUUUUGUUUUUAUUUUUUGUUACUAUAUUGCGUUACAUAUAUAUUUUCUUUCGAUAAAAUGUCGUCGUAUAUUCUUUACCUCGCGUUUAUUAUGUUUUGAUAUCAUUUUGUUGAAUUAAUUAAAAGUUAUAUUUUUGCAG